UAAAAUCCUGAGUCAUCCGACAAAACCACCACUCCCUCCCCUUCCCCUUAAGGCCCCGACCCACCCCGCCACCAUGCCUUCACCACCAGAACCACCAUCGCAACACCAGAACCACCACCACCAGCUAUCCACCUUCCUCAACUCCACAACCAAAUCCCUAGUCUCCCUUCUCUCUCCUCACAAAACCCCACCUUUACCACCACCACCACAAUCCAAAAUUUGCAUCCCUUUCCAACUUCCCACCUCCCCUCUUCCACUCACUCAAUCCACUCCCUUUCUCUUCGAGUCAACUCAGCCUGACUCAGUCUCCCCUUCAAAAUCAUCAUCAGCCACAGUAAAAGGGUUAUCUUCUGCCGAGUCAAAUCCCGGGUUUCCAUCAGCAGUCAGGAUUGGAAGGGUAAAUUCUAAUGGAAAAGGUGGUGGGCCUGCUUUUGUAGGACAGGUUUUUAGCAUGUGUGACCUUUCAGGGACUGGUCUCAUGGCCGUUUCUACUCAUUUUGAUGUUCCCUUCAUUUCCAAAAGGACACCCGAGUGGCUUAAGAAGAUAUUUGCAAUGGUUACCAAGAGUGAGAGGAAUGGUCCUGUGUUUCGUUUCUUCAUGGAUUUAGGUGAUGCAGUUGCUUAUGUUAAACGGCUGAAUAUUCCAAGUGGUGUGGUGGGUGCUUGUCGUCUUGACUUAGCAUAUGAACACUUCAAGGAGAAACCUCAACUAUUUCAGUUUGUUCCAAAUGAGAAGCAGGUCAAGGCAGCACACCAACUUCUCAAGACUAUUUCACAUAGCGAUGGGAGCAUGAGGGUUGAUGGAGUUCCUGUUUUCAGCGCACAAAAUUUAGAUAUUGCAAUAGCUACCAAAGACGGGAUUAAGUGGUAUACUCCAUACUUCUUCGAUAAAAACAUGCUGGAUAACAUUCUUGAGGAGUCUGUUGAUCAGCAUUUCCAUGGUUUAAUUCAAACCCGGCACACGCAACGCCGACGUGAUGUGAUUGAUGAUAAUGUUUCUGCAGAAGUGAUUGAAGAAAUGGGAGACAGCCUAUUGGAGCCACCAGAGGUUCAGGAAGUGCUGGAUGAGAUGGGGCAUCCUGCAAUACCUCUCAGUGUAAUUUCAAAGGCUGCAGAAAUUCAGCUUCUUUAUGCUGUUGACAAAGUACUUCUUGGUAAUAGGUGGUUGAGAAAAGCCACUGGCAUUCAACCGAAAUUUCCAUACUUGGUUGAUUCAUUUGAGAGAAGGAGUGCAUCUUCUUUACAAAGAGCAUCAGAGUCAACUAGCUGCCUUGCCAACUGUAAAACAGAUGAUAGCACUUCAGAACAUAAAUUAAAAGGCAAGGUAACCGAUCAUGUACGGAGAAAAGAUCUGCGGUUGCCAUUUGGAGAUUGGUUUAGUCAUCCAUGGUCGAAAACACUGGGCAAAUCUGAAAGGGAAGCAGACACAAGAAAGGAAGCCCCAUCAAGGGACUUUUUAAAACAGAAUUUAGAGUCUAAUCCUUUUCUUCCAAAGGUUACAAUGGUUGGUGUCUCAACUGGAGAUGCAGGACAAUUGAGCAAAGCUAGUGUGAAGAAGACUAUGGAGGAUUUGACCAAAGAGCUGGAGCACACAGAUCAGGCAAAUGACAGUGGUAUUAGCAACAGUAGUGGUGAGUACAAAGUCGAAGAUAGGGAUCCACUAUUUGUUGCAAAUGUGGGUGAUUACUAUUCAGGCAUGGCAAAGACAGGUUCCCCUCGAUGAGUCUGUGGAGAAAAUAACUGAAGAGCCACCACAAAAAAAAAAAGGCUUCUUUGGCGUGAAUUGCAUAAUUUCUUUUAACUAGAGUGAAAGAAGGAUGUAAAUUGUAAAAUUGAUAGUGCAUUGUUUAACAAGUCAUAUGUCGGCCAGCUCCUUACAGAGUCUGUUAUUACUGAUGCAUCAGUGUGCAUUAUGCAGUCCUAAUGUUGUCAAAAGUUAACUUGUGUAAUUUGAUGCAGACCAUCUGUCAGGUGAGUUGGUUUUGUCUUGUGGCUUGAAAUUUUGAGACAGUAAUUCUUCGAAAACUUAGAUUUCUUUUUCCAA